GUUGACCAGUCACGCCUCGUUCGUCAAAGGACUCAUCCCGUAUUUUAGUCGCGACGUUGAUUCAUGACACCCGCCACACCGCGUGCGGCUGCCUCCUCCGCGGCGUAACUAGGAGCGCGCCCGUUGCGAGGAGGCUCUCAUGCCAUACAUAUACACUAACAGGGAGAGAUAUAGCUGGUGCGGGAGCAAGCCAACGUUAUUUCCGAGUCAGUCUAUCGCCGUUGCUGGUGGCGGUGCCGCUAAGCUCUGCUACGUUCCGUCGCUUGCGGUGCCUCUACCACGGGCAGUGUGAAUCGUGUCAAUUGACGAACCGCGACCGACGACCAGGUAGAACCGGAAGAGGGUACCGAUCGUUGCAGCCGGCAGGGUUGCGGGUUUGACACGCGGGGACGUUGCUGCCCUCGUCUCAUAGCGGAUCUUAAAUGAAUCAGGCCCUUCGAUCGCGCGUAGGCAUCAUUUCUUCCCGCCCGCAUCGUUUCCCUGCUGAUGCCGAACGGCUCGUUGCGGAAAAAAGUAUCGCGUAAUGACAACCGUCCACUGAAGACUAAACUGUUCUCGAGAAUAUUCCGGUGUGGGAAAAUCGUCAUGGAUCUUACUCCAGAAAACAACAUAAAUAUUGCCGGUAACGGCGUAAAUGGCGUAAACGGCGUUCACGGGAAUGCAAAAGAUGCCUUUAACAAUGGCAACGGCACUCCAUGUAUGUCGUAUCUUUCGAAAAUGGCUGCGGUGGAUAUCGAAUUCAACGAUGUGACAUAUUCAGUGCCGAGCCCACGAAAAGAAUCGAAGAUGAUUCUGAGGGGACUCAGCGGGCAAUUCAAGUCGGGCGAGCUGACGGCGAUUCUAGGUCCUUCCGGUGCCGGGAAAUCAACGCUACUUAACAUCCUCGCGGGAUACAGAUGCACGGACGUAGGUGGCUCGAUAAGUAUCAAUGGACAACUGCGGGACAUGCACGAGUUCAAGAAGAUGUCGUGUUACAUCAUGCAAGACGAUCUCAUACAACCGAAUCUCACGGUUUUCGAGGCGAUGUCCUUCGCCGCCGACUUAAAGCUGGGCAGAAGGAAAUCAAAAUCUCAAAAACGCAUCGCAAUAGAUGAAAUUCUAAGCACACUUAGAUUUACCGGAACGCGAGAUACACUCACAAACAAACUCUCCGGUGGUGAAAGAAAGAGGCUGGCAAUCGCACUAGAGCUCAUAAAUAAUCCGCCCGUUAUUUUUCUCGACGAACCGACCACCGGACUGGACGAGCUCUCCUCCCUCCAGUGCGUCGACGUUCUCCAGAGGCUGGCGCACUUCGGACGCACCAUCGUGUGCUCGGUGCACACGCCCAGUGCGAGCGCAUUUAAGAAAUUCGAUCACGUCUAUGUCAUGGCCAACGGACAAUGCGUUUACAGAGACACCGUGAGCAACAUAGUGCCGUUCUUGCGAAACAUAGGCCUAGAAUGCCCGAAACAUUACAAUCCGGCGGACUUCAUAAUAGAGAUCUCAUCGGGUGAAUACGGUUUUGAUUUGAUCGACCGGAUGAUCACAUGCGUAAACACGAAGCUACCGCUACUUCCGAUUUUGCGAUCAAAAAGCGAAUUCGAGCUCGACAAAAAGAACCCGAAAAUCUCGUGGAUUGAUCAAUUCGGCACGCUAGUGAAGAGAAUGAUACUGCAGCUAUAUCGAAACAGAAGUCACAUGUACCUGAAGAUAGUACUACACAUCUUUCUGGGGAUAGUGAUUGGCGGAUUAUUUUUCAACAUGGGCAACGAUGGCUCCAAGGCCCUCUUUAAUUUCGGUUUUUGCUUUGCAUGCGUGAUCGUUUUUCUGUAUAUACCCAUGCUACCAGUGCUGCUGCAUUUUCCUUCGGAAAUCCGAAUGAUGAAACGGGAACACUUCAACAGAUGGUACAACCUUAGCGCAUAUUAUUGGGCCUUAACGGUAGUCAAUAUACCUGUACAGAUAUUUUUCGCAGUUUUGUAUCUCAGCAUGGUCUACUUGAUCACGGGGCAACCGCUGGAAUUGCACAGAAGCUCCAUGUUCUUCUGCACUUGCUUUGUAUGUGCCUUCAUCGCGGAGAGUAUAGGACACAAUAUUGCCAGUAUAUUUAAUGUCGUGAAUAGUGUAUUCACCGGACCCGCGUUGACUUGCCCGUUAAUGCUAAUCGCGGUGCAAGAUUUCGGUGACUCGAGGCCUCUGCCGCUCUACCGGUCGAUUCCCAUGUACAUGAGUUACAUCCGAUACGGACUGGAGGCUCUCACAACGGCCAUGUACGGUUACGGUAGACAAAGACUACCUUGCCCAGCGGAGGAGACUUACUGUCAUUUCAGUUCGCCCAAGGAAGUCUUGCGAAUCAUAGGUGCGGAGAAACCUCCGAACUUCUGGUUGGACAUAUCAGCCCUCUUCAUUAUCUUAUUUAUUUCCAAAGGGAUUUUAUAUUAUUUACUGAGGCAAAGGGUGCAACCAAGCAAAACUUUCCAGAUGCUCCAGUUUAUCAGAACAUUCAUCAAGACAAAUUUCAAUAUUUGAUAAUUAUUUCUAUUAUUAGUUCCAUUUUCGUUCGUACCAUGAUGUGUCGGCAUCAUACGCGUCGCUCGGUGCUCUCUAAGUAAAUAGAACGUAUUCUGUUCACGAAUAUGAAUUUGAAUUGUAUUUGCGAAAUUACAAAAUUGUGUCGAUAUAACGAUAUGCCGAACGUGAUAUUAGUUAUAUAUAAAAAAAAAAGAAAAGAAAAUAAUUUGUAAAAAUAAAAUAAAAAUUUCAUUGUA